AUGUCGGACCACCACCACCAGCAGCAGCAGCAGCAGCAGCAGCAGCGCACCGCCGCCGCUGUUGCCACCACCAUGGCGACUUGCAGCAAAGCGGAGGCGGCGGCGGAGGACAACUUCGCCGCGAUGCGCCACGCCGCGAUGUCGAUGUUUAAGCAGCGCACAAAGGACCUCACAAUGGUCUCCGCGUUGACCGCGGAGGCCGAGGAGGUGGAGAAGCUCAACUGCCAGGUGCAGUCGACCAUCGGCAGGCUGCAGGAGCAGAAGGCAGUGCUGGAGGCGAGGAUUGAAUCGGAGGAGCGGCGCGUAAAAGAACGCGAGGAACAUCUGCGCGAGGUGCACGUGAUGCUGGCCCAAAUGAAGGAGGAUCAGGGCAUCUUCGCCGGAGUGCGGCGCUCCUCUGAGAGGGUCGCCGCGAUGCUCCAUCAGUUUGUCGCGCAGUACACAUCCAAGGACGGCGACGUCGUGCGACUCCUGGAGCGCUGCCACGGGCAGACCCAAGGGCGGGCCCCAAACGACUGGCGUACGGCAACAAAUGACCUUCGAAGGCGGCAAUCCGUCCUCGAGGAGCAUAUCAAGCACAUUGAGAAGCAUCAAGCACUCCCUGCUGGCUUCGAGGAUAUGCUGCUGGAGUGGUCGCACGGGGUGUGGAGGCAGCAGCCGGAGUGUGCGACGGCACUCCAUGUGUGUGAGCAGCUGCUUUGCCAUGAUGCUUCGAGUGCAAUUCGUGGACUAAUUCCGCCAUCGUCUGUCUGCGACGACGCUGAGAGGGAGGAGGCGUGUUGUGAGGCCUACGCGACCGCCUGCAUACGUGAAAUUGACGCCCUUGUCAGUCUGGGCGAGUCCGUAGAGGGCGAAGGUGAAAAGGUGGGCCUCUGCUGCGCCGUCGUUCCACGGGAGCGGGUGGAGGCGGUGCGGUCACGCUGGUCCUCUGUGUGUCGGGCACGCGUCUCCCUGCGAGAGGCCGCCGCGGCCUCAAGCGACCUUUCCGCGGGGCUGGAAGAGCAGCUCGCGUUGUUGCAGCUCCUCUCGGAGCGGGUUGGCAUCCUGGAUGCACAGAUUGCGGACGCCCAUUCCAACCUGCAGCAGGACUCCAUCGCAAUACGGAGAGAAACGGCCAUGCAUGAGAGUUUGCUCUCCGCUUGGCAAAAGGCGCUGCAAACGGCAUCUGUACACAUGCAGUGCAGCGCGACCUACCGCUCUUCCGUGGCAGCCAAAGAGGGUGAGGUGGCAAGGCAGGAGGCUGCGCUGACGGCCAAGACGACGGAGAUGGAGACGCAAUGGAUGACGCUUCACACGCGGGCAACGAAUCUGUACACCACCCUGCUGGUGGAAAAGCAGCAGAUGGCGGAGGCGCUGCUUCGCCUAAAGGCAGCCACAGAUGAGCAAACAGCACAGGAAUCGCGGCUGGGUGCCCUCCGCGAGGCCUGCUCGGUGGUUGAGGGCAACUUGCGGCAGGACUGCGACGAGAUGGAUCGAUGCGCCCUCUCCAGCGCGAGCAAAGCCUCACAGAGGAUGCUCUCAGAGCCAGCGGCACUGGGCGCUGGAAAUGACAACGACGACGACGACGACGACGACGACGACGCGGAAGAAGAUCCUACUCUAGCUCCUUCGAUAAAUGACCUUCUUGAGCAACUCCUGCAGUGUCAAACGCAGAGGAAGGGAGGAAACACCGGAGAGGGCGAUGCAGGGAUUCCGGAGAAUGCUGUGUUAGCCGCAUUGGUGGCAUCAACCGGGCUGGACGCGGACCUCUUGUGGCGUGCCGCCGGUUCUCUUGCUGGCUUGCAGCGGGAGGUGGAUCAUGAAGUGGCAGCCCACCUCAGGUGGAGGCAGGAAACGGACGAGGAGCUGCUUGCGCUGACCGCCGAGUGA